CAACCAGUUUCACUGAAGCUGGAAGGUUUGUUUUUUGGUUGCCCAUAUUGCCUGUUUUUUAUUUUUUCAUCUUCAAUUGCUCCGUUCAAACUUUGGCUAAUUUUACAUUUUUAGUUUGAUUUUCUGGACCACAAUUUUUAUCGUCUGUCAAGAUAAUGUCCAACAGCAGCGGUCUGGAUUUAGACAGGUACAGCAAUUUGGAUAAAUCUCGUCGGUCGGCCAGUCGAGAGCAGAUCAGACCCAGGGCUAAACAUGGAGAAGUUCUGUGCGAUUUCUGUACGUCGAGGAAGCAGAAGGCUGAGAAGUCCUGCUUGGUGUGCCUGGCAUCCUAUUGUGAGACUCACCUUCAGUCCCACUACGACUACCCAACUCUGAUGAAACACAAAUUGGUCAAAGCGACCGGUCAGAUGAGGGAAAAGAUCUGUGCUCAGCACGACAAGCUUCUAGAAGCUUUUUGUCGUACCGAUCAGACCUCAGUCUGUGUUCUGUGCAUGAUGGAUGAGCACAAACACCACGACAUUGUACCGGCUGGAACUGAGAGGACUGAGAAACAAAAACAACUGGGUCCCACACUGCACAAAUCCCAACAAAGGAUUGAUCAAAGAAUUAAGAAGUGGCAGGAUUUGAGACAGGCUGUUGAAUCAGUAAAACACUCUGCUCAAACAGUCAUGGAGGAGAAUGAGCGGAUCUUCUCUGAGCUUCUGCUUUCCAUAGAGAGGAAGUACAAUGAAGUGAAGGAGAUGAUCCGAACUCACGAGAGGACCACCGUGACCAAGGGUGAGUUGCUGCUCGACCGCUUGGAAGAGGAGAUCACUCUGCUGAGGAAAAGACACACUGAUCUGGAGAAGCUCUCACGCACCGACGAUCACAUACACUUUCUGCAGAGCUGGCAAUCUUUGGCUGGGCCCUCUGGGUAUGAAGAUCUGAACAAAAUCAAGGUUGCGCCCCAUUAUUCUUUUGAGGCUUCCAAGAGAGCUGUUGCUGCACUGAGAGUCCAAACAGAAGAGGUCAUAAAAACCGAAAUGUUUAAAAUCUCUGAAGCAGUGAAAGAAGUGCACAUCACACAGGAAGAUGAGAUUUAUGCUAGGAAAGAUUCAUAUCUGAGUAAAGAACCAAGAAUUGGAGAAGAACCAAAGACAAGAGAGGACUUUUUAAAAUACUCCCGCCAGUUGACUUUGGAUGUCAACACGGUUCACCCCAGUCUUCACCUGUCUGAGGGAAACCAAAGAGCUACGAUGAAAAGUGAACCAAAGAACUACCCUGACCAUCCAGAUAGAUUUGACCACUGGCAGCAGGUCUUGUGCAGGGAGAGUGUGAGUGGGACUCGCUGUUACUGGGAGGUGGAUUGGAGUGGAACAGAGAUCGACAUAGCCAUAACCUACAGGGGAAUCCGCCGCAAAGGACAAGGCAACGAGUGCAGCGUGGGCUGGAACGACAAGUCCUGGAGUUUGUAUUGCGCUGACAAAUUUUCCUUUGUGCACAACAAUAAGAGCCAAGACAUUCCAGCCCAACUGACUUCCCGAAUCGGUGUCUAUGUGGAUCAUGCAAAGGGAACAUUGGCAUUUUAUGACAUCAGUGGUGGCUUUCGCCUUCUGCAUAAAAUCCACACAACAUUCACAGAGCCAGUCUACCCUGCUUUCAGUGUGUGGGGCUUUGGAAGCACCAUACGGUUGUAACAAAGGGCAUCAGACAAUAUGUUUUUUUCCUGAAACUUCAAACAUUGACAUGUCAUGUCAUUAAUGAAUUUACAAUUUAGAUUGAAAUGUUUCUAUUUUUGAAUUGUUUAAUUUAUAAUUUGUAUGGGAUUAGGAGGGUGGUGGGAAAAUAAAACAAAUUCAGAUAAUUUUUACAGUUUUCUAAAGUGAUUUCAAAAUAAAAGCUUGCCGUGUUUUUGUAAUUGAUACGUUAAAAAAAAACUGUUUUGAGAGCAGACUUCGCGUUCCUCUUUACUUAUGUCCCACCUGGAGUUGCAGCCGAGAAAAGAAAGUGGUUUGUUCAAACAUUCAUUCAUUUGCACUUGUUACUUUACAUUUAAAGUAUAUUUAAUUAAAAAAAAGCCUUUUUUUCUUUUGGGCAAAGAGGAAUGAGUGCUGAGAAUCCAGAGAAAAGUUUAUUGAAGCAAAGACAGACAGAACUUCAAGCUACAGAAACCCAGAUGGAAAAGUCUGGGAACAAGGGGGUAAAGUAAAUGUGAAGGACGCUCGGAAUUCAGAUUGGUUUUGACUGAUGGACUGACAUGUUCUGGCUGGUAUAACUGGUCUUGAAUACUGGCAAGUUGAUGGUUUUUUUUUCUGAUUUAAACAAGUUAAAAUGAAUAAAUGUUGAACACUGUUGCACCUUGUCAAAUACAAAUAAUAAUAAAAAUAAAUUCCUGUCGGAACAUUG